AUGGAAAGCUCAUCCAAAACUAUCCAAGAAAAGCAAGUGACAAAAAGAGGUCCAAAGCUAGUUUCCUCAAAUGAUGGGAGGAAAUUUAUUGGAGUGAGACAAAGGCCAUCAGGCAGAUGGGUUGCUGAAAUCAAGGAAUCUUCACAGAAACUAAGGCUAUGGUUAGGUACUUUUGACAAAGCUGAGGAAGCUGCUUUGGCUUAUGAUAGUGCUGCACGUCUCCUUCGUGGAAGAAAUGCUAAAACAAAUUUCAAGAAACCCCAUGAAGAAAACUGCAGCUUGUUGGAAAAAAAUCCAAGAUUAUAUCAACUUCUUAAACAUGCCAUCAUGAAGAAACUUGCAGGGAAGUGUCAAAAUAAUGAAAGUUUAGAAACAGAACCAUUUAUUCAAGAAAGUAUAGUUUGUGAGGAUCAAGUUCGAAAUAAAGAAGAGAUCUGUGGGGUCCAAUUACAGGGAAGUUCAAAGGUUUAUUCUUCAGUGAUUGUUGCUCCUUCUUUUAGUGCUGGAAGAGAAGAGGAAGAAGAAGAAUGA